UUUCAGCAGGGAAUUUGAAGUCGGCCGGGUCCUGACUCCGGAGCUCAGGACGGAGGGAACUAGUGAGCGUCCAGCUCCGACUCGUGACCAGAUUGCAAGAUGUGGCAAGUCCACAGAACCAACCUGAUCAGGCUGAGGGCCAGCCUCUCCAGAGGCCUCCACCACAAAGCUGUGAUGGCGCUGCGGCGUGAGGACGUGAACGCCUGGGAAAGGAGGGCACCGCUGGCUCCCAAGCACAUCAAGGGUAUCACCAACCUGGGAUACAAGGUCUUGAUUCAGCCCUCCAACCGGCGGGCCAUUCACGACAAGGAAUAUGUCAAAGCUGGAGGCAUUCUUCAAGAGGAUAUAUCUGAAGCCUGUCUGAUUUUAGGAGUUAAAAGGCCUCCAGAGGAAAAAUUGAUGUCCAAGAAAACAUAUGCAUUCUUCUCUCACACAAUAAAAGCACAGGAGGCCAAUAUGAGCUUGUUGGAUGAGGUUCUAAAACAGAAUAUCCGACUUAUUGAUUAUGAGAAAAUGGUAGAUCACAGAGGAAUCCGGGUAGUGGCCUUUGGACAGUGGGCAGGUGUGGCAGGGAUGAUCAAUAUUUUGCAUGGAAUGGGUUUAAGGCUUCUUGCUUUGGGACAUCAUACACCUUUCAUGCAUCUUGGUAUGGCUCAUAACUACAGGAAUAGCAGUCAGGCCGUUCAAGCUGUCCGAGAUGCUGGUUAUGAAAUAUCUCUGGGUCUAAUGCCAAAGUCAAUCGGGCCCUUAACAUUUGUGUUCACAGGGACUGGUAAUGUAUCAAAGGGAGCCCAAGAAAUCUUCAAUGAGCUACCCUGUGAAUACGUGGAGCCCCAUGAAUUAAAAGAAGUUUCCCAAACUGGAGACCUCAGAAAAGUAUAUGGGACUGUGUUAAGCCGACAUCAUCAUCUUGUCAGAAAAACAGAUGGUGUGUUUGAUCCUGUGGAGUAUGACAAACAUCCAGAGCGCUACAUAAGUCGUUUUAAUACUGAUAUUGCACCCUAUACAACUUGUUUAAUCAAUGGUAUUUAUUGGGAACAAAAUACCCCUCGCUUACUAACCCGGCAUGAUGCUCAAAGUCUACUGGCUCCUGUCAAGUCUUCUAUUGUUACUGUUGAAGGUUGCCCCACAUUACCACACAGACUUGUAGCAAUAUGUGACAUAUCAGCGGACACAGGUGGAUCUAUAGAUUUUAUGACUGAGUGCACAACAAUAGAGCAUCCUUUUUGCAUGUAUGAUGCAGACCAGCAUAUCAUUCAUGACAGUGUUGAAGGCUCUGGGAUUUUGAUGUGUUCCAUUGACAAUUUGCCAGCACAGCUUCCAAUUGAAGCUACAGAAUACUUUGGAGACAUGCUUUACCCUUACGUGGAAGAAAUGUUAUUAUCAGAUGCGUCACAGCCCCUGGAAAGUCAGAACUUUUCUCCUGUGGUGCGAGAUGCUGUGAUUACAUCCAACGGUUUAUUAACGGAUAAAUAUAAAUAUAUCCAGAAACUCCGAGAGGACAGAGAAAAUUUUCAAUCAUUUUCAAUGAAUACCAAGAAAAAGGUGUUGGUUCUUGGAUCUGGCUAUGUAUCUGGACCUGUAUUGGAAUACCUGUCAAGAGACAGCAAUAUAGAAAUAACAGUAGGCUCUGACAUGGAAAAUCAAAUGAAAAAGUUAAGCAAGAAAUACAAUAUUAAUCUUGUUAACAUGAACAUCGGUAAACAAGAAGAAAGGUUGAACUCCUUGGUGGCAUCUCAGGAUCUUGUCAUUAGCUUGUUGCCAUAUGUGUUACAUCCCGUUGUGGCCAAGGCUUGCAUCACAAACAAAGUUAACAUGAUCACUGCAAGCUACAUCACACCAGCACUGAAAGAGCUGGAAAAGAGUGUGGAAGAUGCGGGCAUCACACUCAUUGGCGAGUUGGGCUUGGAUCCUGGGCUUGAUCAUAUGCUUGCAAUGGAUACCAUCGAUAAGGCCAAAGAAAUGGGAGCCACGAUUGAAUCUUAUAUUUCCUACUGUGGGGGGCUUCCUGCCCCCGAACAUUCUGACAAUCCUUUGAGGUAUAAAUUCAGCUGGAGUCCUAUGGGCGUUUUGAUGAACGUAAUGCAGCCUGCUUCUUACCUACUGAAUGGAAAGGUUGUGAACGUGGCAGGGGGAGUCUCCUUUCUUGAUGCCGUCACUUCCAUGGAUUAUUUUCCUGGCCUGAAUUUGGAGGGUUAUCCUAACAGAGACAGUACUCGAUACUCAGAGAUCUAUGGGAUCCCAUCUGCCCACACUUUACUGAGGGGUACACUGAGAUAUAAGGGGUAUUCCAAAGCUUUGAAUGGAUUCAUAAAGUUGGGCCUGAUAAACAGAGAACUAUACCCUGCCCUACGACCUGAGGCCAACCCUCUCACUUGGAAACAACUCCUCUGUGACCUAGUUGGGAUUUCACGCUCUUCUUCGUGUGAUGUGCUUAAACAUGCUGUCCUUACAAAACUGGGAGGGGACCAUACCCAGCUGGAGGCGGUAGAAUGGUUGGGCUUACUUGGGGAAGAUCAAGUCCCUCAGGCAGAGUCCAUUGUGGAUGCACUCUCCAAACACUUGGCCUUGAAGCUCUCCUAUGGCCCUGAAGAAAAAGAUAUGAUUGUGAUGAGAGACAGUUUUGGGAUCAGACAUCCUUCUGGACAUUUAGAGAGCAAAACUAUUGAUCUUGUGGUUUAUGGAGAUUUCAACGGAUUUUCAGCGAUGGCUAAAACAGUGGGUUUCCCCACAGCCAUGGCAGCCAAAAUGUUGCUUGAUGGUGAAAUUGAAGCAAAAGGCCUAAUGGGGCCUUUUACAAAGGAGAUCUAUGGGCCAAUAUUAGAGCGGAUUAAAGCAGAAGGCAUUAUAUACACUACACAGAGCACACUCAAGCUAUAAUUUUGUUUGUAUCAUCACAGGCAAAAUGGCUCUCAACAUCUGCAUGAUAAACAUGCUUACUAAUAUGCUGUUGUUUUUAUAGCGUGAAGCAUGACCUAUUUUGAUUGUGUCAAUAAAAUGGUGGUUUUGAAUAAAAAAUCUCAAUUUUAAUUUGAAAAUGUUCAGAAUAUGAGAGGCCAGUCAUUAUGGGAGAACUUUAGUAAUUUUACUAUGUAUUACCAUAUAUGUAUAAAAUGAUAAUGAUCAUACUUUGUUAACUUAUUGUUAACAAAGUAAAUAAGUUAACAUGUUUGUUAACUUAUUAUUGUUAACUUAUUUUCUUAUAAAAUAUAUUUUCCUAUAAUCAACAAAUGUAGUUUCAUUGUUUUAGAAGAUUGCUAUAUAAUUUUAUUUUUGUAUUUUUCAAAUUGAUUCUGUUAAAUACCUUUAGAAUACUUAUGUAUAAAUCUAUACAAAAUACUAUGUUAUGCUUUUUGUAAAGUGAUGAUUUAUUUAGUAAAUUUAUCACUUUCAUUAUUUUCUCUUGAGUGUCUGGAAAAGGAAACUAGUGAGAUUAAUUCACAAUCCAUAUGGUCAUUCAUUAAGAACACAAAGUAUUGAAGCAAGUGCAAAGCCCUUUCAUGUAAAACCAUUCAACAAACAAAAAGUGAACUUUCUCAAUCUGGUUUUAAAAUCUAUGAAAAAUCCACAACUUGUAUUUAAUACAAAACACUGAAUGAUUUCCCAUGACAUCAGAAAUGAAAAAAAGAUAAUUGCUUUUGCCACUACAAUUCAACCUGUACUAGAGCAUUGAGCCAGAGCAAGUAAGGAAGAAAAUAAAAGGCAUCUUGAUUAGGAAGGAAGUACUAAACUCUCUGUAUAUGCCCUGAUCUUAGACAUAGAAUUCUAAAGGACAACCAAAGAAAAUACAAAUAAAUGUACUUAAAAUAUAACAAAGCAUUAGAAUAUUUCAUUUGGCAAAGCUGUAAAUACAAGAGUCAACCUAAAGAAAUGGAUUAUGUCCUUAAAGUGUCAAUGAGUAAGCAAAGACUUAGAAAUAGAAUCGAGAGUCCAGAAGUGCUGCUCACUUGGUUUCUGAGACAAGUGCUAAGCUAAUUCAAAGAGGGAAAAUAAUUUUUCAUCAACUGGUGAUUAGAAAUAGAGACAUUUACAUACCAAUAAUGAAGUUAGGCCUUUGCAGCAAGCCACAUGUGAAACUGAACUAAAAAGGGACUUAUGACCUAAAUAUAAGAGCUAACACGGUUAGAAUUUCAAAAGAAACCAUGGGCAUAAGUCUUCAUAAACUUGAAUUAGGCAAUAGUAUUUUAAAUAAUAUCCAAAACACAAGGAAAAAAGAAAACUGAACAGGGUGAAAAUUAAGGACUUAGUGAUUUCAUAGACCUACAGGAACAGCGGAACAAUGAAAAACAAGCAACAGCACAAAAGCCACAGAAUGAGAGAAAAUUUCUGUAAAUAAUAAACCAGUAGGAGUAUAAAUCUAGAACAAAGAACUGUUAUACUUUAAUAAUAAAAAGAAAAAUAUUUUUAAAGCUAUAAGAAGAUUCAAACUGACCAGCUCUCCAAAGAAGAUAUACAAAAGACUAUGAGGCUCAUGAAAUAUUCUCACCAUCAAUUAUGAUUAGGAACUCAGAUCAAAUCAACAAUGAAAUGCCACUUUGUAAAAUGGCUAUAAUGAAAUGCCACUUAGUAAAGUGGCUAUAAUCCAAGGUAAUAACAAAGGCUGGUGAGAACAUAAAGAUGUUAGAACUCUUAAGCAGUUAAGAUAAAUAACCAAGAACAAAGGAGACAUCACCAUAAACACUUGUACAAAAGUUCCUAGUUGAAGAGCUGUUUCUUGUGGCCUGUUUAGAGUGUGUCAUAGCUGAGAAACUAAUUAGAAGUCCUAUUAUUUAGGUAACAACAAAUCUCAAUUCAUGUGUUUUUUUUCUUUUAAUAAUUAUAAUCUUAAGAACAAUAUUAGCUACAAUUUCAUGCCACUGACAUGUAGAGUCUUAAAACUGAUGUGUAUGUUUUAUUUAAAACCAUCCACACUAAUACUUCAACAUUGUACUAAUGAAGAAGAGCUUUGUAAUGUGCUAAAGUAUCCUACCAUUAGCAAAUUGGUGGAUGAUAAACAAUGAGUUAAUAAAAGAAGGUUUCAUUUUUUACAAA